AUGGAACACGAAGAUAAAAACACUGUUUUGGAAGAAGAGGAGGUGGAUGAGAAGGAGUCUAAAGUUGCAUUGAUUUAUAAUACUAUGAAAAAAUUUAAAUAUGGGUCCAGUAUAAUGUACUCACCAGUUCCAACAGUGUUUAUUCCUCCAAAAUCCAACAUAAGAUACUACAUUGUUGGAAGUCUAUUUAAUUUUGAUUUAUUGUUCAAAGUAAAUAAUAUUGAUAAUAGUUUAGAAAGAUUACUCCAGGUCUAUCGUUUCCUAGCAUCUGCAUUGCAUUCAUUCCCAGUUUUAGAAAAACCGUUAAAUUCCAUAUUGGGUGAAACUAGAAUGGGUAAUUUUCAUACAAAAGAUGAAAAUGGUAUGGUUGAAACUGAAAACUACUAUUGUUCUGAACUAGUUGCACUUCCCCAAACAAUGGCAACCUGUGUUUAUAACAAAAAACAAGGUGUUAAAGUUUUAUUUAACUAUGAAAUUGACUUGUUAUUUUUGGGUACAAAUGUAAAGGUUGAAAAUAUUGGCAAAACAACGAUUAUUUUAGAAAAGUUUAACGAAGUUUAUGAAUACAAUUCGCCAAGUUUAAACUCACGUUUUUUAAGGGGCUUUACUGAGUUUAGCGGAGAUUCUAUUCUAUCGUCAAGUGAUUCCAAAUACAAAAUGAACAUAAAAUAUGGUGAAAAACCAAUUUUGGGUGGUCAUUAUAACAAGGUGGAUAUAGAAGUAAUUGAUAUUGAAAAAAAUGAAAAAAAAUAUAAUAUUACUGGCACAUGGAGUGGAGAAAUGGUGAUUAAAGAUUUAAAAACAAAAGAAUCCAAAUUAUUUUAUAAAAGAUUAAAGGAAACCACCAUGAUUGAAAGAAAUGAAGAUACAUCUUUACCAACCAAUUCAUAUAAUGUCUGGAAAGAAGUAUUUGACGCCCAUCAUAGAGGCAAUUCUAAGCAAAAGAGAUUGGAAAAACUAAAAGUAGAGAAACAGCAAGAAAAGCAGCUUGAAGAAAGAAAGAAAAACAACAUUGAAUGGACACCAAAACACUUUUACAAGAAUGAAACUAUUGGUACAUGGGAUUUACUAAACCACUAA